AGCCGCACACAAAGGUGUUUUUGCGCUGGUGACCUCUAUAGAUUCCGUGGAGGAAAAGUCGAAAACCCAUACACCCGCAAUACUGUGACGGAAGAACAAUUUAACCACCAUGAAAGCAACGCACGGCGACGACGGCAUCUUUGUCGGCGUGAAUCUUUCUUGAAAAACUUACACCCCCCUCCCCGUGAGGUGGGGGAGGGUCACGCCGUCCUCGUUUCUGCCCACUCCCAACUCAUCCCUAAACAUUCGACAUCGGUUGCAUUUUUGUCGGAUUACUUCGUUUGGAAGAGAGUAAGAUGGUUUGAAAGAGGGCGGAAGGAUGCGGGGUGUAUGCAGUUUGUGAAAAAAAGAAAACAAUAAUAACAUUUCAUCAAACAAAAAUGGCCGGAGCGCAGAUCACCUGCGAGAAUGAUGCGAAUUUCGGCAUCAUUCUUUCGUUUAUGGAACAGUUCGGAUCGUUUCUGGACGUUGGCGAGCUGAAUAUAGCCGAACUGAAGCUAAUGCUCGAAAGCCGUGAAGCUGUUCCACAAGCGCUGGUCGAUCUGCAUAUCAAGCUGAUGCGAAAGAUAAACAAAAAAGUACCGGCUGCCCGGUGGGAGCUAGCACUGGCCAAAUUUGCCCACUCGUACUCGCACCAAGACGCAUGGGAAAUCGAACGAUUUGGCUACAAAACGGCCAAUCUAGCCGUGAAGCUACGGGUGCUUAAGGCACUGCUGGAAGGACAGUUCGAUUUGAAUACAAAGUUUAAAACACAAAUUAACACGACCGGAGCCAACGAAUUGCGGCUGGAUCCGUUAGGACGUGAUCGGCAAGGUAACUGCUACUGGUACUUCAUGGACGAUAGUGCCAAUCUGCAGAUUUAUCAAUCCGAUCCGGAGAUGGAAACCUGGACACUGGUGGCAAGCAAUCGGCAAGAGUUUGUUAACAUGAUCGAAAUGUUGAAGGAAAAUCGCCCUAUCGAACCACUGACCGCUGUAGAUGCAGCAGAUGAGGAGCAAGAUAGUGCGGGAAGUAUGAGCGAAUCGGAAGUAAUGAAACUCGAUACCUCAAUUCCUGCGCCGUCCGACGUGCCGCCUAGUUUGAUUAUAUCUCGCCGCACGUAUAAAACUCCCGACCAACUUGACAACCCAACGCCGGCCGGGGAGGACGAGAAAGAACCAGUUAAGCAGGAUAUAUCCACCACCGGCGAGCUAGAGGUUAAGCAAUUGAUACAAGAUCCACUGAAGCUCGCAAAUGUCGAUAAAGAGAGUAAAGCAGAUGACGUUUUAAACCCGUCAGACAUGAAGACUGAGGUCGUCGAAAGGAGGGACACCGAUGCAGUGCAGAAAGAUGAACCGAUGGCUGAAACAGGAAGUGACACGGGUUCGAAAGACACUGCAGAAACAGUUAAAAUGGAAGUGGACGACGAAGUACCGGAGCUGAUCGUUGAACCGAAACAAAAGCAAACGGACUCAGUAGCGGAUGUGCCCUUGGCUAAAGGGGAGCAAAAUGAAUCUGGAAAGGUUUUAGAGGAUAAUGAUAAGGAAGAAGAACCUGUAACGGGUUCAAAACAGUCCGAAGUGGCUGUGCCGGAGGCAGAAAAAACACCUGUAGCAAUUUUGACGCAUACGAAAGAAUCUCGCUCGGAGAAUGACGAACCGAUGGAGGCGGAGGAGAAGCUUGCUGACAAAACGGGUACGACAUUGAAGGAAGAAGCUGUUAGUGAAUCAAUCGAAGAUCCUCCAUUAGUAGUGAAAGGGGAGGGCAGUGGUGCCGACUGUAAUAGUGGUAUUGAGCCGAUGUUCAGUGAGAUCAUUGAGGAACCGGUGAUGUUUAUCUUUGGUGUGGGUGCUGGCCGUGAAAACGAUAUGGGUAAUACGAAGAAAAUCGAAACGACUACCACGGUGGUAUCGGAAUCGAAUGCAACCACUAAUCCCAAGGAGGAGGACGCGAAUGCUUGCAGUACGAUAGGAUCGUCUAAGACCGGUAACGGUGAAACCGAAUUGCCACAAAACAGGGAAGGAAAUGGUGAUGACGAGGAACUAGACUUAUCGCGGAAGGUAGUACCAACCAAAGAGAAGGAAAUGACGAUGGUCGAGCAGGAUCAUGGCCCGAAAGGUGAACAAGGUAGCAGUGAAUCGGAUAAGAAGGCAAAUUCGCGUGGUGGAAAACGAAUUGAAAAAUCAACGGUUCCCGGAGCAGACGAACCGGUGGUAGUGUCGGACAAGCCGGCAGAAAAGCGGCGUGGUUCAAGGAAAAGCAAUACGCCCAAAAAAGCUUUCGAUUUGUCCGUGGCGGCAACGACACUGCAGAUGAUGGAAACGGAUGAGGAGAUUAGCAAGGAUGCUAGUUUUAAGGUGGAAAACGAACGCGAGAAACCUCUGGAAAAUGCUAAGGUGAGGGGAAACCCUGAUAAAAAUGGUGACCAUACCGUUCCUUCCGCUGCGGAUGCGGUACCUAAGGAGGAAUUGAAAAACAAAUCUGAGCCUCUGGAAAGUAAGGAAGCAGAUCGAGAAGAGUCACCUCACAGCAAACAGGGAUUAAAAUGUGUGGUCACAAAAGAUUUGGUGAAAUGUGAACCAGUGAAGAAAGAAGAUCAGAAGGAACCUGACGAUGCAGAUGAGAAGUCACAUACGAAAAUCGAGCAGAGCAAAAGUGAAGAUGAUCGUGUUGCAAAUGAAAAACCUACUGUGAAGAAUGAAAGCGAAGAUCACCAGCCAGAAGAACUGGAAGGGGAUAGUCCUCCAAAACGCAAGCGACGUCAUCGGAAUGGGCUGGUUGAUGGGCUUGAUAUUUCGAUGGUGCUCGAUGCUGGGUCGGAUGGGGGAAACAAUCCACCGGUUAGGCAAUCACGCCGUAUCGCUAUGCAGAAGAUCAAGGAAGAAACCAAUCGGCGCGAAAUCGAGGAUCAGAUGCUGAAAAAGAUGAAAGCGGAUGCGGUUAAAAAGAAGAAGGAUUUGGGUAUGAAGAUAUCGGACGAUGAUUAUCGAGCCGAACGUACCUCGCCGGAACAUUCUUCCGAUAGUAGCUCGGACGGUGGUGUCGGUGCGGAUGGGCGCAGAAGGAAGAAAAAGAAAAAGAAGAAAAAGGGAAGUCUUCAUCAGCAGGCACAGCAGCUCCAAAAUCUAGCAAAGAAGCAAUCGACCUGGAACAGUGCAUCACCAUCGGAAAGCAGCUCGGAAACGGAGGCGGAAGAUUAUUUUGCCGAACCGUAUCACUCGGAGGAAGAUGUGCGUCGUAGCAACGUGUUAAAGUCGGAUCACGAGUUUUCACCCGAAUCGGACUUGGAGACGGAAGCGCCGGCACAGCCAUUGAAACGCGCACGCACUGCCCGAAAAGCAAGGCGUACGCGUGGCGAACAGGAGGAAGAAGAGGAGGAGGAAGAAGAAGAAGACGAUGGGAGUGAGGAUCAUGCGUGCCAGGAGUGCAAAAAGACGGAUCAGCCCGAAUGGAUACUGUUGUGCGAUUCGUGUGAUAAGGGUUAUCACUGUGCGUGUCUGAAACCGGUACUGUUCACCAUACCCGAGGGUGACUGGUUCUGUCCGGUGUGUUUACACCGGCAGCUGAUCGAGCGGUUACAGUCGAAGCUGGAGCUGUACGAUGCGCUGCGGACAAAGCUGGAAGCGGAAGCUAAGCGACGCGAGGAGGAGGAACAAACGGCUCGGGAAGCUGAGCUGGCCGAACAGGCGCUGGCAAACGAGCGGGAGGAGCAACUGCGAGCACAGCGACGAGCCCGGCAGCAGCAACGUUUGCUGGAUCGUGCCGAUGCGGAAGGUCGUCGAUCACGAUCGGGAUCGGAGGAGGAAUCUUCCCGAGAUCGUCGACGGCGAAGGCAUCGUAACAGGCGUGCACCGAGAAAACGAUCACAGUCUCGAUCGGGCAACAGUAGCUCGGAUGGGUUGGACGGGAGUGGAAGUAGCGACCGGAGUGGAAGUGGUAGCGAAAGCAAAAGCAGCACUGAUUCGGACGAUAUUCCGAUCUAUAAGCUGCGACGUCGCGCUUCGGCAAGGGUGAGCUACAAGUUUAACGAGUACGAUAACCUGAUCGACUCGGCCAUCCGACGUGAGAUGCGCGGCAGCGAAAUGAUGGAGGAGGAGGAGGAGGAUGAUGAAGACGACGGACACGGAUAUUCCAAGGGCAAGGACAUUAGCACCAUCAUAGAGGCAACGACAAGGGAAGAACAAGCACGAAAAAAGGCGCUUCAACAGGAUAAUGAAGGCGAUGGUGGAGAGGAGGAUGGCCGUUUGAAUGGAGACCGUGAGCAGCAGCACGAGAGUGAAGCAAUAGCACGAGGGACAAAUAGUGGAGAGGAAGAAGAAGGAGAAGGUGCAGUAGUGCGGCAGGAGCGUAAACCUGCGCCUGCUACCAAUAACCGAUCAGUCUCCGCAGUUUCAAAGAAACCCAAGAAAAAGAAGAAAAAGCUCUGCAAGAUCGAACUCAGUUCCGAGGAGGACGACGAAGACGAUUCGGACGAGGAUUUCCGUGGAGAAGCAAGCGGAUCGGAGGACGAUGAGGAAGAGGAUGAAGAUGAGGAUGAGGAGGACGAUAAUUCCAUGUCUGGGGAUAGCGAAAGCUCGUUGGAAACGGGUCGUGGUCGCAACAACCGAAUGCGGAAGCCUAGUAGUCGUGCGGCGGCCAGCAAACGCCGCCGAAUAGUGGAAAACUCGGACGAUUCGGAUGAGUUGGAGGAAGAAAUGCGACGUGCAAAGGCGAAAAAGUCACGCAAAAAUCGGGUUCUCGACGAUAGCGAUGAGGAGCUGGAUCUGGAUGACGACGAUGAUGAGGACAGUGAGGAUUACGAUAGUGAUGAUCUGUGCAGUGACACGGAGACGGAAAGUAGUCGCAGCAGCAAAAGUAGCGGCAGCAGUAGCAGCAGCGCUCCCAGCACAGAGGGCGACUGGCGGCGGAAGAAAAAGUCCAAGGGAGCGAAAUCGAAACCGAAGGUGUCGGCCGGUGGUGGAAAACAUCUGGACCGGCCAAAGAAGACCGAAGCGCGCCCGAAACCAUCGAUUGAAUCAAGUGACGAGAGCGAGAGUGAUCGAGACGAAGGUGGUAAGGGUGGUAAAACGAUGCCCGGUCGAAAGAAGCAAAGUAAAAAGACAUCCUCCAGAUCGAGUCCCGAUUCGGGACGGGCGGGAGAAAAGAAGACGGAUCGCAAGACGCGGGGCAAAAAAAUACAUUACAUCGUCGAUGAGGACUUUGAGAGCUCGGACGAUGGUAUACGGCCGGGUGUGCAGCGACCCGACACACCGCCAGAGGAAAGGGAAAAAUUUAUCCGUCGUCAGGAAGAAAUCAAGCGGAUGUUGGCAGAGAAUAAUGCCGCGAAAGCGAAGGAGCUGGCCACGUCCAAGAUCGACCAGCUGGUGGGCCGUUCUGGUUCGAAGGAAGCUUCGAAGGAUUCGCUCUCAGAUGUGCCAAUGCAGGUGAUUGAGAGUGCACGGAUAUUGGACAUUGACUUCCUGAAAAGCACCAGCGGUAAUACGGCGCGCAUCUCGACCGUUGACUCGGUGGUUGAUUUUGACGAUGAGUUGCCGGAAGAUUUCGAUCCGGACGACGAAAUGGAUGAUGAAGCGCUGGCCAAGAUCAUGGAAGAGGAAGAUUUCGCCCACCAUCAGCUGAAACCGACGGCUGGGGCUACGACGUCACCGGCAGAAUUGCUUCCCCCUGUACCACCACCUCCUUCCAAAGGACGACAUAAGUCGCUCGAUCCGGAAGAGUUCCUACUUCAGCAGCAGCAAAAAGGUGGUCGUCCUAUUGAACCGCCAACCGUGGCGCGAAAGGACCAACUGCCUCCGCCGUUGCCUUUACCGGUAAAUUUGGCUUCCUCCUCAGCAACGCCCCCCCAUCCCUAUCCAGCGUUGCAGAGCCCUAUCAAGGCCUUACUCAAACCGACGGGUAUACCAACUUCCACCAUAAUGUCACCGAUCGUUUCUGGCGCCGGCGGUGGUAGCACGAUACUAGCAAAUGCGCUACAAACUGGUCCGACGUUGCCUCCACCUCCGUUACUGAAAGAAUCACAUCCUACCGGUCGACCGGAGGUACUUAUGCGUGGAGGACCACCACAUUCACUUCCACCCGGUGGUCACCAUCAGCUGCCCGUUGGACCACACCAUAAACCGGAACUGUCGCAUCUGAUGAUGGGGCUGGGCGGUAGUGUUCCGCUAUCGUUGGCAAAGGGUAUUCCGUUACCACCACACCAUUCCGGGCAUCGCUUGCCACCGGGUGGAUUAUCGAUGCCUCCGAAUAUGCUGGGACAUGUGCCUCACCCAUCGCACGGUUUGCGCACGAAACCCGUACCUGGGUCUGGUGUGGUAAGCAAUAAUGCUGGCAUUGCAGCUGCUGUUGUGUCAGCCGCUAGCAUCGGUGCUGGUGUAGCCGGACCACCGGGUAUGGCGCAUACUCCACCUCCAGCAUCACCGACGACAGCCGGCCCAAUUCCAAGAAUGCCUAUCGGUGCGACCCCGUCUCCAACAACACCAAGUUCCGAGCGACGUCCAGGUCGACGAAAGAAGAUUACGCCCCUCCGGGAGGAUCUGAAGCGUAAGGGAGCAGCACCACCAGAUCAACCAUCUGUUCCUACCGCGGCCCAUCAGGAGCAGCAUCAGAGGCCACCGCCCCAACAUCCAUCACUGCAUCACGGUCACGUGGCGGCACGAUUACCACCACCGCCGACGAUGCCUUCUUCGUCGACAGCGGGUCCACCGAUAGGAAUGCGACCAUCACUACCGCCGGUCACCACCAGCCAUAAUUCAUUUCAACAAAGCGCAUCGGCCAUUGCUGCUGCUGCUGCGGCCGCUGCGGCAGCACAGGAGUUAGCAAUUAAAGUACAUUCCCGAACAACCGCUGACGCUGGCGGUGGCAGUGCUGGUGCUGGAAUGCACGUCAACGAACCACCUUUGUCGGUUCCUUCGUCCGUAGCACACCUGUCGUAUUUCAGAUCGGAAAACCCGCUGUUUGCACAUCGUCUCGGUCCCUUGCCUAGCAGUAUUCUUUCUUCCGGCAGCAGCAGCCUGCAGCGAAUUGCGGCCAUCAGUGGUGCAGCACCGCCGACGGUGUUUGGCGAUCCGGCAGCAUACAAUGGCGGUUGGAAACCACCACCAUCGGCGAGUAGUAAGCCGAAAACAACCGCUGGUCCAACGCCAGCGUCUGGUAUGAUGGUGGGUCCACCUCCUGUUGGAUCGCUGGAACAUUACCAUGAAUAUAAUCCAGGAAAUCAUCACUACAACCCGUACUACAAUGUGUUGGAUCGGGCAGGUCAUCUGAGGCCGCCUCCAACGAUCGGUGAGCUUCAUCGCACCAGUGCCCUGUCUCCUACCACAUUUACCACACUGCAGCCGCUCGAGUUUCCGCACGUACUGAAACCGGCCAGCGAAAACCCACAUCACCAGCCGCAUCAUCCGCAUCACCAUCACAGCAGCGCAACCCCUUCACCAGCCGCAUCGUCGGCUGGUGGUGACGAUGGUCCGAGCGUUGAGCGGUCACAUGGUGCUGGUCCACCACCACCGGCCCAUGCAGCUUCAUCGUCCUCUUCAGUGCCGGUGGAAAAUCAUCCAUCGUCGGCCUCAUCUCCAGCAUCUCCUACGGGUGAUUCCACGGGAGCGUCUGGGGCCGGAACGGUGGCACCUUCGUUGGUGCCGCCCACCGGAAACACUAGUACGCCUGCCUCCUCGUCUAGCACGAGUACCAGCGUUUUCGGCGAAUUAGUAAGCUAUUUCAGUUCUCAGCAAGAUGAUUUAGAUUCGUAAUCUAUUUAAUGACAAAAAGUCACAUUUGUGUGAAAUGUAAUUUUUAAUUAAUCCACGCAAUCAAACAAUACCUCCAGCCAAUCCCCAUCUCUCACUAUGCUCUCCCUACCCGAUCCUUUUCCUGCGAACAAAAUGCUUAACUUAUAGGUGCACUCCCGUACACCGUCAGAAAAGAACGGCCACUUUAAAUACCCGAACCCGUCAGGCACGCGUGCCACCCUUUUACUUACGUUCCAUUAUACGUAGCGUUCCGUUUUAAUCGGUUGGCCGAUGUUUAUAAUACGGUGCGGUGUGGGGGAGAUUGCUAGAUGCAGAUAUAUUUGUUUAUAAUAAGAAAAAUAAAGAUAUACUCACAGACGCUCGAAAAAGGACGUGUCCACAUUUAGCGUGGGCGCGCAUUUUUUUGUCAAGCGAAUGCUAUUGAAUUAGUGGAAA